GGCCUGAAUAGAGUUGAGCCCGGUACGCGCCACGCCCGAGGGGAGGGCAAGUAGCAACAUGGCUGAUGAAGCAAACGGAACUCCUUUCCUCCUUACUAUACAGCACAGUACCUCUUUCACCACACACAUGUGUUGCACUUGUAAUCUAUGUGCACAGUACUGUAUCUUAUCUGUCAAACCCGUCGAAACGGCGGCAGACGCGCAGAGUUUCAGCCCUUUGCCAACUCUUUCCCGUCUCCUCACCCUCUCUCCCUGGUAAAGCGGAGGGUUCUCUCUCUUACACACACACCCACGCACGCCUCGAUCCUCCUCAGGUAUUCUUGUAUUACUUUCUCUCUCAGCCUCGUCCUUCUCUUGGUGCCACCCACAGCACUACCUCUCACGCUCAUUAAUCAGUCGUUGAGAAUUGAGCCAGGCCUGGUGCCCCCAUCUGCCAAACCGUUUCGUUGCCCGUCGCAUCGACCCGUCAUUCUCUUGUCGAUUCUACACAUUCUCUUCCUGAGCCUUCUGCCGAGCUUGUCUUCUCUUGAAUUGACAAACCACAUUCAUUCAUUACUCACAAUCGACUCGCAAUCCUGCACACGUCUCGCCUUGCAUUGCCCGUGAAGCGAUGUUGUUGCAACAGACAGUGCCGCUUACGCUCCUUUAACGACACCAAAUAGACUGGCAAUCCACGACGCUCUUUGCAAUUGCUCUUGACCGAAUUCUCUUCUCGAUAUUCUUCUUGCUGCACCCUGUUGCGCAAUUGCUUCAUACGCUUUCCCGCUUCCUGAGGCCAAGCGACAGGAUCGUGCUUCUCCAAGUCUCCGUUCACGACACCAUAUCACGAAUCGAAUCUCACAAUUAUAAUAUCCUUAUCACCGAGAGCGAAAGGAAGCGGA